AUGGAAGCUGAGGACUUAGGGAUACCUUUUGAUCUGAUCAAAAGUACGACUGGCUUUUGGGAAAAGCCUUUCUCACUGGCAAGAAAUGGCGUGUCACUGCCAAUGGAAUUACAAAAGAUGGUAUUUCCUUGGAUUGAAGACUAUUUCGGUGUUGGUAAUGCAAAGUGGGUAGCUGUCUGUGAGAAAGAGAUGAAUGAAGUUGAUGAGAAUGAGGAUGAGGAUGAAAACAUCAUAAAUUUGGAGAUAGAUGAAGAAGCAGAUUCUGUAGAAUUUGUGGAGGAAGAUGGAAGAUUGCAGUCGAAAGAAAAAAAGAGAAAAGGAAAGAAAAGAGCAACUCAAAGCAGUAUCAAUACAACAAAGCAUGGAUUUUUACGACUCUUGAUACAAUGCAGAAGAAUAAUCUUACAAGAUGCAGCCGUUUACUUGUACUUGAACAAAGAAAACAAACACAUCAACACAAGAAACCUUCCGUUCUCAAGUAACAGCUUCAGAAUGUUCCAAGAGGAUAUUGUAGCUGCCAUUACCAGCUCUUCUAUUAGUAGACUAGAAGAGUACAAAAGUUUUGUUCCUAACAUUGUCAAUACAAACAAAGAGGUAGCCAACAGAGUGACAGAAGUAAAUCAUCAGAUCAUACAAUUGCAGCAACAGCAAGACAGCUGA